CGCCCGCGUGGGGGUGGUCAACAAGAGCCAAGAACGGUAGUACCACAGACAAAUGCGCUUUAGACUCCUGAAUACUUCACGCACAUUAUUCGUCUGAAUCUCAAAAAGAGACCAAGGCUGCGACACAAGUCAAAGCGCACAGGGCAAAAGUAGGCGUUUUAAGACGUCCCAGAUUAGGAGACUAUAUAUUUACCUUACUUUAAAAGGCAUUAAUAGUGACUACGCGACUGACAGCUACGGUUUUUUAUGCGACAUAGUCUAGGCUACUCAGAAGGUUUCUGGAGUAAUUGUUAAAAUAUGUAUAUCAACAUUGACUUUUUCACUUUCUAAAAAGUUCGACGUAUCAUUCAUUUGGAUAAUCCUGGAUUUCGGCAGGUACCCGAGGUAGCCUGUAUUCGGGUUUGAAGCUCUCACAUGUCUCAGUGGACUUUCACCUUCCUGCAUUGUCACUAUGUCGUCCGGAGCGGAGAAACGGCUCGAAUCCCGUCUGAAGAAACUGGAGUCAAUGAUUAAAAACCAACGAUCAGCGCUGAAUUUGGAGAGUUUGUUGGACUCCGUGAAUGCCUUGGCCCUUGAUCUGAAUCACUCUGCACUGAGGAAAAACAAAAACAUUGAUGCCUUCUUGAACAGAUACGAGAAGGCCGUUGGCCAUCUGAGGGAGCUGCAGCUGAGGCUUGACGACUUUGACCGGAUCAAACUGAUCGGCAAGGGAGCCUAUGGUGCCGUACAGCUGGUGCGACACAAGGUAUCCAAACAAGUGUAUGCUAUGAAACAGCUCAGCAAGUUUGAGAUGAUCAAGCGCUCUGACUCCGCCUUCUUCUGGGAGGAGCGUGAAAUCAUGGCCUUCUCCAACAGCCCCUGGAUUGUGCAGUUGUACUGUGCCUUCCAAGACGAACGCCACCUCUACCUGGUGAUGGAGUUCAUGCCAGGUGGAGACCUGGUGACGCUCACCAUGAACUAUGACCUGCCUGAGUCGUGGGCGCGCUUUUACACGGCGGAGGUGGUGCUGGCGCUGGAUGCCAUCCACACCAUGGGCUUCAUCCACCGUGACAUCAAGCCCGACAACAUGCUCCUCGACCGCAGUGGCCAUCUCAAGCUCGCAGACUUCGGCACCUGUAUGAAGAUGGACAAGUCUGGUAUGGUCCGCUGUGAGACAGCUGUGGGGACUCCAGACUACAUUUCGCCAGAGGUGCUGAUGUCCCAGGGUGGGACUGGUUACUAUGGACGCGAGUGCGAUUGGUGGUCUGUGGGGGUCUUCAUUUAUGAGCUACUUGUUGGUGACACUCCAUUUUAUACGGAGUCCCUGGUGGGAACAUACGGCAAGAUCAUGGACCACAAAAAUAGUCUUACCUUCCCUAAUGACAUGGAGAUGUCCAAAGAAGCGAAAGACCUGAUCUGCGCCUUCCUCACUGACAGAGAGGUCAGGCUCGGCCGGACGGGAGUGGAUGAAAUCAAAUGUCACCCUUUUUUCAAGAAUGACCAGUGGACCUUCGACACUAUACGAGACACCAUGGCUCCAGUGGUGCCUGAGUUAAACAGUGACAUUGACACGACACACUUUGAUGACAUAGAGGAUGAGAAAGGGAACGUGGAGACCUUCCCACCCCCCCGGGCCUUCGUUGGCAACCAGCUCCCAUUUGUGGGCUUUACCUACUUCAGAGAGAAUCAGUUGCUGGGCAGUAAUUGCAGCUUAGCAGAAGAGGAGGCUGAAGUGUGCACUGACAGUUCUUUGCAAAAGCCUGAUAACCAGCAGAAGAAACUGAACAAGUUAGAGGAAAAGAUCAAGAAUGAGAUGCAAGCUAAAGAAGAACUGGAAAACAAAUACAGAUCUGCAAAUGAUCGACUAGACAAACUGUCUAAGGAACUUGAAGAAGAGAUGAGUGUAAGGACUAGGGUGGAGGACUUCUUGAGGAAGUUGGAAAGAGAAAAUGCUCUGUUGCAGCACCAGAACACUGAGACUGUGAGAAAGGCUGAUCUUGAGACAGAGCGCAAACGCGGCUUAGAGAAUGAAGUGGGCAGUCUGAGGGAGCAGCUGGCCGAGCUGAAGAAGAAGAACCAAAACUCCAAAUCUCCACCGAGAAGAACAUCUACUUGGAGAGGACAGCUGGAGGAGGUGACUGCCAGGCUGCAGGCGGAGGUGGAGGAGGCCGGCCGGCUGAGGAAGGCCCAGGGCGAGGCGGCGCGUCAGGCCCAGCCUGAGGUGUUGCUACAGGAGCUGCGGGAGCAGAACACUCGGCUGGAGGGCAGCCGUCUGGCCCUGGAGCAGGACAGUCUCAGGCUGCAGAACUCCCUGGAGGCUGAGCGACGGGAUCGAAGCCUUGGCUCCGACACCAUCGCCGACCUGCAGGCUUGUGUGUCGGAUCUGGAGGAGGAGUUGAAGCAGAUGAAAAACUCGCUCUCCAAGGCUGAGGGUGAGAAGCGCCAGCUACAGGAGGAACUCACCGUUCUGGAGAAGUUGAGGAGUCAGCAGGAGAUCGAUCUUUCCUUCAAACUCAAAUCAGCAGUACAGCGCUUAGAGCAGGAGGAGGUGGAGCACAAGGCCGCGAAAGCACGCUUGGCUGACCACAGCAAGCUCAACCAGUCCAUCGAGGAGGCCAAAUCGGAAGUGCUGAGAGAUAUGGAGCGGAAGCUGAAGGAGGAGCGCUCUUCUAAGCAGCAGCUGGAAAGUGCAUUGAUGGAGCUGGAGAAACAGCACUCAGUCCUGGACUGCGACUACAAGCAGGCACAACAUGAGCUUCAUGAGCUGCGCUCACACAAGAGCAAGCUCUCGGAGGAGGUGGACAUGCUGACGGUGCGUGUGGAGCAGGAGACCCAGCGGAGGAAUCUGUCUCAGGCAGACCUAAAGGCCCAGAGGCAGGAGGUGACCACUCUGCGCUCCUCUGAGAAGCAACUGAAACAAGAACUCAACCACCUGCUGGAAUUACGUCUCAGCCUGGAGAAAAAAAACCAGGAGCUGCGCAAGGAGAGGGAAGACGCUGACCUACACCUGAAAGAGUUAAAGGACCAGCUGGAGACGGAACAGUAUUUCACGAAACUGUAUAAGACUCAGAUACGGGAGCUAAAGGAAGAGUGUGAGGAGAAGAUGAAACUCUACCAGGGUGCCCAGCAGAGAGUGGAGGAACUGCAGGAAGAGAGAGACUCCCUGGCAGGGCAGCUGGAGGUGAGCCUGACAAAGGCCGACUCGGAGCAGCUCGCACGCUCCAUCGCCGAGGAGCAGUACUCCGACCUAGAGAAGGAGAAGAUCAUGAAGGAGCUGGAGAUCAAAGACAUGAUGGCACGGCACCGGCAAGAGCUCAGCGACAAGGACAACACCAUUGGUUCGCUAGAGGAGUCCAACCGCACUCUGACUGUGGAUGUAGCCAAGUUGGCCAGUGAGAAAGAAGAACUCAACAACCAGCUCAAAGAGCUCCAGCAGCAGCUGCAGAGGAUGAAAGAGGAGGAGAAGGAGGUAGGCGCCAUGAAACUCAACUUUGAGAGGCAGUUGAAUUCGGAGCGAACGCUCAAGAUCCAGGCGGUUAAUAAACUGGCUGAGAUCAUGAACCGGAAGGAUCUUGUGCGUGUUGGUCACCGUGGCGACGACAGUGAGCUGCGCAGGAAGGAAAAGGAAAACAGGAAGUUACAGCUGGAGCUGCGCUCUGAGAGAGAGAAGCUGAACAGCACCAUCAUUAAAUACCAGAAAGAGAUUUGUGAAAUGCAGGCGCUGAUAACGGAUGAGUCCCAGGUGCGUGUUGAGCUGCAGAUGGCUCUGGACAGUAAGGACAGUGAUAUCGAGCGUCUGCGCAGUCAGCUGACCACACUGAGCGUACACUCGCUGGACACAACUAGCAUCAGUAGCACAUGCAACGAGCAGGACAUGGACGAGCCGUACCCAGUGCGCAUCACGCACUCCCAGACCUCGGAGUCCAUGUCAUUCACAUACCAGCGGAGCUCCAAAUCCGUGCGCAUUGACACACGCCCAUGCCGCGCUGCCCCCUUCCUCUCCUCCGACUCCGAGGAAGAGGAGGAUGAGAAAGAGCAGCAUCAACGACCUGUACUGGCUCUCACCUGUGAGAACCCGGCGGACGGCGAGUCCGCAGACACUAGUCUGGAAGGCUGGUUGUCUCUUCCCAGCAAGAACUCCAAGAGAUUCGGAUGGGACAAGAAGUAUGUGGUAAUGAGCAGUAAGAAGAUUCUGUUCUAUGACUCAGAAGAAGACCGUGAACAGGCCAACCCAUUCAUGAUACUGGACAUAGAUAAACUCUUCCACGUGCGGCCUGUCACUCAGACCGAUGUUUACCGAGCAGACCCCAAAGAGAUCCCGCGCAUUUUCCAGAUCCUCUAUGACAACGAGGGUGAGAGCAAAAAGGACCUGGAGGCACUCGCAGAACCGUGGCCGGUCGAGCGCACGUCCUGCAUCGCCCACAAGGGCCACGAGUUCGUGCCCACGCUCUACCACUUCCCGUCCAGUUGCGAGGCGUGCCCGCGACCCCUCUGGCAUGUCUUCAGGCCGCCACCAGCCCUCGAGUGUCGCCGCUGCCGCGUCAAGUGCCACAAAGACCACCUGGACCUCAAGGAGGAGGUGCUGGCUCCCUGCCGAGUGAACUACGACAUGUCCACUGCCAAGGAGUUGCUGCUGUUGGCAAGCUCCACGGUUGAGCAGCAGCGGUGGGUGGGCCGCCUGCUCAAACGCAUUCCACGCAAGGCGACGCCCAGCCCCGCCCUCGCUAUCACCCAGGCUCCACCCCAGGAGCUGCCUGUCGGCAUGCCUCCACUCACCUCGCCCCACAUGUCACCUCGCAACUCGCCCAAACUCACCUCCCGUGGGGCCAUCAGGAUGCAGAGCAGGGGGCAGCCACCCUCUGCCAAGCCCAGCAUGAUAGAGUUUGACCUGCAGGACUGGGGUUGGACUCUUCACCACGAUGACGAUGAUGAUGACGAUGUGUUUGACUUCUGAGGCCAUGCACAUUGGCAGGCUGACUUUGAUCAACAUCGGAUCAGACAGCCCUGCACUACAGACUCUGCAGAACAUCGGACAUUAUAGAAGGGAAAUACAGAAAGCCUGGGCAGAAGACUAGCAGGGUUACUCUCCAUGAACAUGGACAUGAGUACCCUGCUGAUUAUCACUGUCCGAGCCCCACAUGCUCACACCUGUACCUGCCCAAACUGAAGAUUAAUAUGUGCCUUUUUAAGAAUCCAGCCUUGGCUUUUACAGCCUGCUCUGAAAGGUUCCUAGAGAUGUCAAUGUGAAAGUGUUAUUAAAAGUAUUAAUACACUGUUUUGAUAGCUAUGUGGGUGACUGUGAUUUGUGUGUGUGCGAACGCACGCAUAAGUGGAUGGUAUAAUUUUGUAUUUGUAUGUACAAUUUUGGUUAUGGUCUGUAUGAAGAUAGUGAGGCUUCCUACUAUAGUAUAAACUUGUAUACUCAAGUAUUCCUACAAGACAAACAUUUAAUUACAAACAAUACAUGGUUAGCUUUCUGAAUACCAAAUAUUUAAUGACAGAUGCUUCAGAAAGAGAUGUCUGGAAUUGUAUGUAUUUGAAGGAAAUGCUGUGGAAAAUAUGCCUUAUUGCAGGACAUUAUGUAAUUUGUUUAAAAUAAUGCACUGCACAUUUAUUUUAUGCAUUGCCAAUUCCUAAGUACGCCUACAACUACAAAGCAAAAUCUGCAACUCUGGUCCAAUCUGUUUUCUUUCCAUGAUCUAUGCAUUAGAACUUAUAAGAAAUUGCUCACUGACUAAAUAUUGGUUCACAAAGCAUUUUCAAGUUCUAAGAAACUAGAAAGAUUUGAGAAUAAAUAAAUAAAUAAAUGUUUUA